CAUAAUAUAACUGAAUUAUAUCAACAUCAAUAUCAACAUCAACACCAACAAUGACUCGUCCGCAUCCCCAUUCUGUGCAAGGUCAAAGACUCAACAAAAAACAAGUCUGUUUAUCAAAUGAUAUCUCGGUCGAACCAUUUGAGAAAUCAAACCACACAUCUCGCCCGGGAAAUAUGAGACAAGCAGUUAGAAUGCGUUCUAGCAGCACUUUUUCUACUAGUGCUAGUAUUCCAAGAAGCACCGACAAUGUGGCAAUUGAUGCUCAUCCACUAGCUUUUCCUUAUCACAACGAUACAAUCUUCUUACCGACGGUAGAAUCUGGUCGAACUAGAUUUGAUAGCAUCAGCACUUCUUCUUCUAUGCAAAUCAGCCGAACUCCUAGUCCAGCAUUAUCUACAUCUUCUUCUUCAUCGGCUGCUUCAUUUACUUCGACACCCGAAUCAAGUCCUUGUUCAAAACAUGUUUUGACCGAAAAUAACAAUAUUACAUUAAAAUGUGAGGCUUGUCAUCGAGAUAAUGCCGAUGAACGCGUCAAGAGACGCGAUACCCGAAUAAGCAGCUUUUUUGGCAGGGUCGACCUGUUCUCUAAUACCCGAACCCCGGAUACUACCGUUACUGACAGUCCAGUCACCUGCCACCAAUGUCACCCUUGUAAUCAGUCCACAAUACCAGUUGGAUCAUCACCAGGAUAUUUAGCGGAGACUGCCAAAAAAGAAUCUCGAUCAACUUUCAACACCUAUGCGCCCUCCAGUUUCUCAUAUUCCAGAACGCCACCGCCUUCUAAAAGCUACAUGUCCUUUGCUUCUUUUAGCAUCCCGGAGUCAAGUCGUCAGCUGUGUAUCCGGUUCUUGAAGAAACUUAUGCCUUCAAAAACCUCAUAAGUCCUGCAGCUAUCCCUUUGGACACACACCCCUUUGGACAGCAAAACUCCUUUUUUUGUUUUGUGUGGCUUACCCCUAGCAAAACAUGCAUUUCUUUUUAUACAGCAAAAAGUAUUACUCUUUAUAUAUAUACACACAUACAUCUAAAUACCCUACGGCCUAUUUCUCUCUCUCUUAUAUAUUUAUCUUCUUUAUUAAACGCCUUAUGGGCUAUUCUUAUUCUUAUUCUUAUUAUUCUUGUAUCUCCAAAAAUUCCUUAUCCACCCCAUAUGCCUUAUUAUUUCUAGUUGAUAGUCUAUUCAAGAACAAAUAAGAAAAAAAAGUAACCCGAAUUUCACAUGUUAUUCUUUCUUUAUCUAUAUAUUUUUUGUUCUGCUACAGGUUUUAUCCAACUGAAAUAUAUAUACAAAACACAUCUUUAGACACAU